AUGAACUCGAUUGUUGCUGGCAGCGCAGCGGCAGUUUUCCAGACAACGGUUUCAUACCCUUUUGAGUUCUUGAAAACAGGGCUGCAACUGCAUAGAGCGCUACCGAACAUGGCUCCUUUCAAUAUGAUGCACCAAAUUAAGGUUUACUUUGCGGGUUGCAGCGCUCUGAAUGCAGGGACUCUACUGAAAACAGCUACACGUUUCACAACUUUUGACCGCGCGUGCCAGCUGUUGCACGAUCCUGAGUUGCCGCAAGGAGCUGCAAUCUCAGGUCCCAGACUGCUGGCAGCCGGGAUGAUUACAGGAUUUAUGGAAAGCUUACUUAUAAUUCCAUUCGAGAACAUCAAAACUACUAUGAUUGAAAAUGCAUUAGCUCUAUCUGAAAAAUCGAGGUUAGAACUUUCCAGAAGUGAGGCUAAAUCGUCGCACAAUCCUCAGGCUUUAAAAGGAUCGCGAACUGUGCCAUAUGCGCACACUAGUAUGACAGGACAGUCUAGACCCACAUUUCAUGCGCGCAAAGAACAAGCUUUGCACCCCCGUCAAAAAUGGGCCAUUUACUACGAUGAGCACCCCUCUCGGCAGCUAUUUACCACAAUUCAGGAGAUGUUUCGCACAAGAGGGCUCCGCGGCUUCGUGCAAGGAACCGCACCGACAAUCAUCCGCCAAACCGCGAACUCAGCUGUACGGUUCACAUCUUACACCUCUUUGAAGCAAGUUUUUUCUCCCGAUGGACCUAUCAAUGAAUAUUACGCGUUUGCUCUGGGCUUCGUUUCCUCUUGCGCCGUUGUGGCAGUUACGCAACCCAUUGACGUGGUGAAAACAAGAAUGCAGUCUAAGUACACUUGGGUUAAUUACAAAAACUCUCUAAACUGCGCUUACCGGAUUUUUGUAGAGGAGGGCUUUACAAAGUUCUGGAAGGGAUGGGCCCCCAGGUUAAUGAAAGUUGGGCUUUCUGGUGGCGUUUCAUUUGGAGUCUAUCAAUAUGUUGAUAAUUUGAUGAAAGCUUAUGCUGGCCCUCAAGAGAUGGGCCACGAUUGA